AUGGAUCUGUCUAACAUCUUCCGCCUCGUCAACAUCGCCGUUGGCGUGAUUAUGGUCUUGGGCGGUAUCAGUCAAUUCUUCCCCUUUGGAGUUGGCACGUUAGUCGUCGGAAUCUAUGUCAUCAUCUUCGGCCUCAUUGUGGGCGGUCUCGAGUUCCUUCCCCAGAUCCCGGAUUACGUCUACCGUUACGCUUCGUUCCUUUUCUCGUUCCUUGGACGUGGUGGCUUCUACGUCUUUGUCGGAUCCCUCAUGAUGCACGACCAUGUCCUCCGUAUCAUCGCCGGUUCGAUCGUCGGCAUCGUCGGUCUUGGAUACAUCGCUUUGGAAUUCGUGCCUUCCAUUGAAGCCCCCACAAACAUGCGCGAAGCCGACCCCAGCUGGGGUGCUGAACAAGUCUAA